GUCACUGUCAUUUUUCUACCUGGUUGUCGAUAGUCUCACUGAGCCGGGAAAAUGCAGUUCCUUGGCAUUUCGUUGAUUUUCGUUCUAUAUUUAUCGUGUGUAUCAGGUCUUUAUUUUCACAUUGCCGAAACGGAAAGAAAAUGUUUCAUCGAAGAAAUUCCCGAUGAAACCAUGGUUAUCGGCAAUUAUAAGGUGCAGUUGUAUGAUCCUCGUACUGGUGGCUUUAUGCCAUCAAGCCCUGGGAUUGGAAUGCAUGUCGAGGUUAAAGACCCUGAUGACAAAGUUGUCUUGUCUAGGGUGUAUAGCUCAGAAGGAAGGUUUACUUUCACAUCUCACACUCCUGGAGAACAUAUCAUUUGUUUAUAUUCAAACAGCACUAAAUGGUUUUCAGGCACUCAAUUGAGAGUUCACUUGGAUAUUCAUGUUGGAGAACAAACAAUGGACUAUGCAGGAAUUGCACAAAAAGAAAAGUUAACAGAACUACAGCUCCGUGUGCGCCAGCUGCUAGCCCAAGUUGACCAGAUCAAUAAAGAGCAAAACUACCAACGUAUUCGCGAGGAACGGUUCCGACAGACGAGUGAGAGUACCAAUCAGCGAGUUCUCUGGUGGUCGUUGACGCAGACGGCCAUUCUCCUUGUGAUGGGUGCCUGGCAGAUGAGACAUCUCAAGAAAUUUUUCGAAGCCAAGAAACUUGUCUAGAAGAGAGAAAACCGAUUGUGUUGUUCGUCUAUUUUGGUUUCUUAUCUCGUAUUUUUUUUUUUUUUUUUUUUUUUUUUUUUUCUAAAAUUGACUUUACAAUGGCAAAGUUCAUGGAAUAAAAGUUGAUACACAUGUU